CAAGCUUACGUCAUGCCCUUUUUCAUGUCUUCCAAAAACAAUUAGACUAUAGUUCAAAUUUACACCCAGCUCUUAAAAAAAAAAAAAAAGUCUCAAACAUCCCCAUUUUCUAUAUUUGUGUAGCCCAGUGAACACUAUAGCAACGAAGUCAUAAUAAUACCACUAAUAAUAGGUCUACAGUCCCACGUUCGAACUGAGAUGUCCUCACGUUUACCUUCAAUUUGGGACACCGCAACCGCUGCAACCCUACUUUGCUCAGCUCAUGGAUCGUAUCCAAAUGGGAGGAACAGGGGCUGGUUCCAUCUUCGUGCCAUAUAGCCUACCUCUGCGUGGUGUGGAGUCCCCUCCCAAAAACAGCAGAGACGGACUGAGUUGGACCGAGAAAGAAAGGGGAAGAGGCACCUCCUGUGAGCCAACGAAGAGGCAAGUUUGUAGAACUUGCUGCUGUUCUUGAAAGCGUCUCUCGUCCGGGAUCGGAAGAAAAAAGCAAUCAAUCAACACUUCUUCGGCGCGUAGCUCAACUGGGGUCUCUUUCUGUGUUCUUUGCGAUUCGUUGCGGAUCCGUUGAACCGACCAUGACGGAAAACGGCGUGCACUCGCACCGGGAAAGGGUUCUGACCGCGGACACCAUGAACCCCAACGUGAAAAAGGUCGAAUACGCGGUCCGGGGCCCCAUCGUGCAGCGGGCGCUGCAGAUCGAGAAAGAGCUGAAAGCGGGAGCUAAGAAGCCCUUCUCUGAGGUCAUCAAGGCCAACAUUGGGGAUGCGCACGCCAUGGGCCAGCGACCAAUCACCUUCUUCCGACAGGUUAUGGCGAUGUGCAUGUACCCGGAACUGCUGGACGACAACAAGUUUCCAGAGGACGCAAAAAACCGAGCACGCCGCAUUCUGCAGUCCUGCGGAGGGUGCAGCAUCGGUGCGUACAGUGCCAGUCAGGGCAUAGAGUGUGUGCGGAAGGACGUGGCACGCUACAUCCAGCGCCGGGACGGCGGCAUCCCCAGCGACCCGGACAACAUCUACCUCUCCACGGGCGCCAGCGACGCCAUCACGACCAUGCUGAAGCUGCUGGUGAGCGGCAGCGGCUGCUCGCGCACGGGCGUGCUGAUCUCCGUGCCGCAGUACCCGCUGUACUCGGCCGCGCUGGCGGACCUGGGCGCCGUGCGGGUGGACUACUUCCUGGACGAGGCGCGCUGCUGGAGCCUGGACGUGGGCGAGCUGCGCCGGGCGCUGACCGCCGCGCGGGAGCACUGCUGCCCCCGCGCCCUCUGCAUCAUCAACCCCGGCAACCCCACCGGCCAGGUCCAGAGCAGGCAGUGCAUUGAGGACGUGAUCCGAUUCGCCGCCGAGGAGCACCUCUUCCUGAUGGCUGAUGAGGUUUACCAGGACAAUGUGUACGCGGAGGGCUGCAAGUUCCACUCCUUUAAAAAGGUGCUGUUUGAGAUGGGACCCGAGUACUCCAGCACUGUGGAGCUGGCCUCCUUUCACUCCACCUCCAAGUGCUACAUGGGAGAGUGCGGCUUUCGUGGGGGGUACAUGGAGGUGAUAAACCUGGACCCUGACGUGAAGGCCCAGCUCACCAAACUGGUGUCGGUCCGACUGUGCCCCCCCGUCCCGGGACAGGCGCUGCUGGACCUGGUGGUGAACCCCCCCGAGCUGGGGGAGCCCUCCUACGCCACCUUCAUGAAGGAGCGCACCGCCACCCUGGAUGAGCUGGCUCUGAAGGCUCGGCUGACGGAGCAGGCCCUGAACGCGGUCCCGGGGAUCAGCUGCAACCCCGUGCAGGGCGCCAUGUACUCCUUCCCCCGCAUCGCCCUGCCUGAGCGGGCUAUCAGGGAGGCCGAGGAGACGGGCCAGGCCCCAGAUAUGUUUUACUGCAUGAAGCUGCUGGAGGAGACCGGGAUCUGCCUGGUCCCUGGCAGUGGCUUCGGACAGAGGGACGGAACCUUUCACUUCAGGAUGACCAUCCUGCCCCCGACUGAGAAGCUGCAGAUCGUCCUGGCCAAGGUGAAGGAGUUCCACCAGAGCUUCACCCAGCGCUACUCCUAGCUGCCUCGCCCCCCCCCAGCUGCCCCUCCUCCCCCAGCUGCCCCGCCCCCUGGGGAGAGAGAGGGCGACAGCGAAAACAUCCGCGACGUCCCGUCAAAUAAUCCGAUCUUCAGCUUCAUCAGCUUCAUCACCUAGUGCCUCACUGUGGCUCUGACGGUCACCGUGACAACGCACUCUCUUAUAGACUUUGCCCCCCCCACCCUUUUUUUCCUCAAAGUACCCCCCCCCCCCCCGUCAUGUUGAGUCACCUGUGUCAGCUGCACCCAGCCAGUGUGCCUUAUUUUAGUGUCUGUAGACAGUGUAAUUACAGUCUGUGUGUUCUCUAAAUGGGUCUGUGGGUGUCUGUAGAUAGUGUAAUUACAGUCUGUGUGUUCUCUAAAUGGGUCUGUGGGUGUCUGUAGAUAGUGUAAUUACAGUCUGUGUGUUCUCUAAAUGGGUCUGUGGGUGUCUGUAGAUAGUGUAAUUACAGUCUGUGUGUUCUCUAAAUGGGUCUGUGAGUGUCUGUAGAUAGUGUAAUUACAGUCUGUGUGUUCUCUAAAUGGGUCUGUGGGUGUCUGUAGAUAGUGUAAUUACAGUCUGUGUGUUCUCUAAAUGGGUCUGUGUGUGUCUGUAGAUAGUGUAAUUACAGUCUGUGUGUUCUCUAAAUGGGUCUGUGUGUGUCUGUAGAUAGUGUAAUUAUAGUAGGUGUGUUUUCUGAAUGGGGCUCUGGGUGUCUGUAGAUACUGUAAUCAUAGUGGGUGUGUUUUCUGAAUGGGGCUCUGGGUGUCUGUAGAUAGUGUAAUUACAGUUUGUGUGUUUUCUGAAUGGGUCUGUGAGUGUCUGUAGAUAGUGUAAUUACAGUGUGGUGUGUUCUCUAAAUGGGUCUGUAGGUGUCUGUAGAUAUGGUGUAAUUAAUUUGUGAGUGGUUUCUGCGGUGUCUGUGUACUGUAAGGGAUUGUAGCUACUAUCCUGCUAAGUGACACCAAUAUGCAAGAGCUAAGAGACUGUCCCAGGACGCGCACGCACACACACACACACACACACACACACACACACACACACACACACACACACACACUUGCACUCUUUCUCAAGGAGUGGUUUCGCUGAAAACUCUCAGGGAUGUGCGGCAUUGUUUUCCGAUUUUACCAGUGCCUGAAGCAAGUGUUUCAAAACGUGUUUGACCCAGGUCAGAUCAGUACACGACUGAAAUCGAAACAGCGCCACUACAUUACUCGCUACAUUCCCGUCUAAGAGUUACUGUUGAACUAUCUUGGCGAACAGAAAGAGUUUUUCUGGAUCGUUCACAGACAUCGGUUAACUGUUCAGCUCUGUUGAAAACACGGUGGUAUGCAGCCUCCACCUCCAAAUACAGAGCCAUGUACUCCUAUGGUGUCCAAAAUAUCUGUUCAUGGUCCACUCCGUUUUUGUUUGCCCUAAAUGCUUGUAUACCUCUUCCAUUUCCCUUCCAAGUACACUUGUGUAAUAUGUUUCUUCAGUAUAGGGCACAGGUUCAGAUUUUAAGAGGAAAUUUACAAAAAGUAAAGUUAUGAUUUGGCUACUGAUGCCAUACUGUUCGUUGACAGUUUGCUGUUAUUUGAAUGAAUUUCAUUUCUGAGGUCCCCAGCAGGGGGCGGCACAGUUUCAGUAGAGACCUCAAAAUGUGUCGUCAGUUUAGAAACAACUUAUUUUUAUUUUAUUUUUUUUUAACUGCAGAGAUCCUCACUGUGUGUUUCCUGGUCAGACAACAGAAUGUGGAGAUUUACAGUAAUUAACAGUAAUGACAAAAGCAAAUUUUUACUGUAAAUGUAAAGAUAGAAAUAAAAUGGAAUUGUGUCUUGUC